AUGCCUGUCGAAUCCGCGUUCGAAAAUAAUUCGGCAGCAAUCAAAUUGAUGAAGCGGCGUCUUGCAAAAUUUGAAACCGCCGAAGGCCGUCUCAAAGGACUUCACUAUGAACCUCAGGCCAACGAUGUUGUGAUUACUACAACGCCCAAGGCGGGGACCACAUGGAUGCAGCAAAUAUGCCAUCAAUUACGAUCGCAUGGAGACAUGGAUUUCGAAGAAAUCAGCGCUGUUGUUCCUUGGCUUGAGCUUGCCCAUGAUCAAGGCCAGGACCUUAAAGCAGUGCAGUUCGGUGAGCAAGACGGAAUGCCUAGAUUUUUUAAAACGCAUGCGUGGGCGAACCAUUGCCCAAAAUUUCGAAAAGCAAUUGUGGUAUUGCGUAGCCCGGAAGACGUUCUAGUUUCAUUCUAUCAUUUCUUCGAAGAUUGGUUCUUCGAAUCCGGUACCGUCUCCAUGGAUGCUUUCGCUGAAGAAUUCUGGUUGGCCCGCGACAUUCCUACAAGUAAGAUGCAGAAUGCGUCGUACUUUGUGCACUUGAUAUCAUGGUAUAAACGCCGGGAGGAAAAAGGUGUUUUGAUAGUCUUCUUCGAGGAUCUGAUAAAUGAUCUGCAAGGACAGGUAAAGCGUAUCGCCAAGUUUCUUUCCACUUCUGAUAUUUCUCUAGACGAUGGAAUGACUGUCCAAACUGCGGUUCGUUGUUCCUCCUUUGAAUUUAUGAAGUCUCAUGAGUCACAAUUUGAUGAACAUCUUUCCAAGUUGGCACGUAACGAGGCUUGUGGAAUGGAAAAAACUGCGGGAAUGACCAGGAGCAAGCUGACAAAAGGAAGGGUGGGAUCAGGUGUCGUCCUGUCAGAUGCGAUCAGGCAGCGAAUACAACAAAAGUGGAAGGAAGUCGUAGAGCCAGUAACUGGUUGUGCAAGCUACAAUGACCUCAGAAAGCAACUGACAGCGAGUCGGAACAAUAGUGACGGUCGCUGCAUCUAA